CGCGUCCCGGCGCUGGGGCGGGGCACAGUAGGGCGGGAUAGAGGCCGGCACCGGGACCCGCCGCCGGGGCACUCCUAAGGGACCCGAGCGUGAAAGAUUCCGGCCCCAUCUCCACGACCAGGAGCGUUGCGAGUGAGUUCCCAAAGGAAGAGACGAGCGGCGCCGGGUGCCACGCACACAAUAUCUGAAAGAGAGGAAGCAUCACCACCUCUGGACACCCCCGACAAAAUGGCAGCUCUUGGACACACACUGCCCUUCUAUCCGGGUCCCAAGCCAACCUUCCCAAUGGACACAGCUUUGGCUGUUAUCAUCACCAUCUUUCUGGCUGCCCUGGUCACCUUCAUCAUCAUCCUGCCUGGCAUCCGUGGGAAGACGAGGCUGUUCUGGAUGCUGCGGGUGGUGACCAGCUUAUUCAUCGGGGCUGUGAUCCUGGCUGUGAAUUUCAGUUCUGAGUGGUCUGUGGGCCAAGUCAACACCAACACGACAUACAAAGCCUUCAGUCCCGAGUGGGUCAGCGUGGAUGUGGGACUGCAGAUCGGGCUCGGAGGAGUCAACAUCACACUCACAGGGACCCCAGUGCAGCAACUGAAUGAAACCAUCAACUACAAUGAGGAGUUCACGUGGCGCCUGGGUGAGAGCUAUGCGGAGGAGUACACGAAGGCACUGGAGAAGGGCCUUCCAGAUCCGGUACUCUACCUGGCUGAGAAGUUCUCCCCUCGGAGCCCAUGUGGCCUGUACAACCAGUACCGCCUGGCAGGACACUAUGCUUCAGCCAUGCUGUGGGUGGCCUUCCUCUGCUGGCUGCUGGCCAACGUGAUGUUGUCUAUGCCGGUGCUGAUUUACGGCGGCCACAUGCUGCUGGCUACUGGCCUCUUCCAGCUGUUGGCUCUGUUCUUCUUCUCCAUGGCCACAUCGCUCAUAUCACCCUGUCCCCUGCGUGUGGGCACUGCUGUGCUGUCCCCUCACCGUGGGCCUGCUUUCUGGAUCACGUUGGCCACAGGACUGCUGUGUAUUCUGCUUGGACUAGUCAUGGCAGUGGCCCACAGGAUGCAGCCUCACAGACUGAAGGCUUUCUUCAACCAGAGUGGAGAGGACCCAGUGCUGGAGUGGCGUUCCGAGGAAGGGGGACCCCUGAGUCCCCGCUACAGGUCCAUGGUUGAGAGUCCCGAGACUCAGGACAUCCCCAUGUCGGAGACUUCCUCUGAGAUAGGUUUUAAGGAGGAACACAUCAAAGAGUCUGACUGUGCCCUGUAAUGCCCCUCUGAUGGCGGCCCCCUGAGUUUCCAGACUGGCUCCAGACCUCGCUGGAGCCUCCCUAAACCCGCCAGAACGGCCCAGGAGGUGGGUUUGGGUUGUAUCAGAUGCUCAGCUCCAACUUUAAAAAAAAAAAGAUCAAAAGUCUCAAGGUUCUGAAGAGAGGUCAGUCAUGCCUCGAAACUGCUGUUAUUAAGAAAGACAACGGGGGUGGUUGUUAUUCUGUAAAACAUCCACCCUCUUGGAUGCUUUGCCUCUUCAAGGUCAACCUCCCUCUCAUAACAAAUAUUUUGGGCAUCAAGUGAUCCCUCAGCACCCAUCACUUGGUUUUUGGGUGGGCUGCCCCCCCCACCGCACCCCAUUUCUUUUUCUGUUGCAUUCACAGCUUAUGUGACCUCUGUCUGGAUCUGCACUGUAAGGGGACCAAGCAUCUUGUUCCACUUCUAACACUAACCAGUUGUAUGCCACAUCCUCCUUGAGUUUCAGUUCCGGAAUAUGCUAUGUAAGAUUCUAGGACUUGGGAAGAACCGCUGGAAAAGUCCCAGAUGUGUACAAUGUGUGUGAGUGGUUUGCCUGCACCUAUGUCCGUGCACCACUUGUAUGCAGUGCCAGCAGGGGCCAGAAGAAGGCGUUGCAGAGAUCUCCUGGAACUGGAGUUACAGGCAGUUGUUAGUCGCUCUGUGGGUAUUAGUACUCCAACCCCAGUACCCUCUACCUGAACCAUCUCUCCAGACUCCCAGGAUUUAUAUUUUUAUGCCUCGCUGUUUCUCUUUUAGCUCUCAGGCACACACACACAAAAAGAAGACAGUGGGAAAAAUUAGUGAAUCAACGCUAAAAUCCUACUAUUUCCCAGUACAUUCAGUUUGGCUAAUAGAGAAAGAUUUGGGCAGUGUGACCACCCCGUGGGGCCGCUCACGAAGAUGCAGGUGCCUGUCAGUUCCUCUCGGGCCUCACUAGAGGGCGCGCCUCUCCCAGAUCCCUUCUGUGUUUCUCUGAUUUCUCAGCACCUGAAUUUACAAUACCAGAUUAUCACUAGCCUAGCGCGAAGCUUCUCAAGGUUGUGUGACUCCAAGGGCCAAGAGAUGUCAAGAAAAUGGAUGGGCGGGGAAUU